AUGACACAAGAAAGAGCCAAAGACGCAAAAGACGAUUUUAACGCCGAGCACCUCGAGUCUCUCGCCUACACAAAAUUUUCGGAAGGAGAGGCUCCGAUUCUUCGCGAAUAUGACGGCUCUAAAGGGAAGAAAGUGAUUCGAAAGAUUGACGCCCAUCUGCUUCCUGUUCUGGCAUUUCUUUACCUGUGCUCCCAUGUCGAUCGAAACAAUUUAGGCAAUGCGAAGAUUGAGGGGAUGAAUACGGACUUGGGGUUGCUUAUCGAUCACGCAUUUAUCGCUGACUGUCGACUUUCAGAAUUUCCGUCCAACGUGAUGCUGAAGAAAACCGACCCAAGUUAUUGGUUAGCCUCGCAGGUCGUCACCUGGGGUAUUGUCAUGACCUGCAUGGGCGCAGUCCAAGAAUUUGCGAGUUUAACAGGGUGUCGAGUUCUGUUGAGAGUUUUCGAGAUAACCUACAGCCCAGACUUUUUCUAUCUGGACAAUUAA